GAGGUGUGGGGGCGAGAGGAGGUGACUCUCCGGCAGCGUUUACACACACACACACACGCGCACACACACACUCAGCGAAAGGAUCAUGGCGGAUGGCCCCAGGUGUAAGCGCAGAAAGCAGGCGAACCCGCGGCGCACGAGCGUGAGUAACUACAGCCAUGUACUGGAAGGACAGUCAGACUCAGACGAUGAGGAUAAGCUUCACAUCGUGGAGGAGGAGGGAAGCCCCCUGGAUGGAGCUGAUGGAGACAGUGUCGCCCACGAUGACGAGCCCAACGGCCCAGAGGACAGAUGGGAUGAAGUGAAAGACGAGUGUGUGUCAGAAGAGGAUGAGAGGAGUCGAGAUGCUCUGGUUGAGAAGAUCCUUCAACAAGGAGACACAGCGGUAAUUUUUCCAGAAGCACCAGAAGACGAACCGCGACAGGGCACACCAGAGACCAGCGGCCACGACGAGAACGGCACCCCAGAUGCUUUCUCGCAGCUCCUCACAUGUCCGUACUGCUCUCGCGGCUACAAGCGCUACACCUCCCUGAAGGAGCACAUCAAGUACAGGCACGAGAAGAGCGAGGACAACUUCAGCUGCUCCCUCUGCAGCUACACCUUCGCCUACCGCACACAGCUCGACCGACACAUGAGCGCACACAAAACAGACCGAGAUCAGCGGCAUGUAAACCAAACAGGGGGUGGAGGAAAUCGUAAGUUUAAGUGCACUGAAUGUGACAAAGCCUUCAAAUACAAACACCACCUGAAAGAACACCUGCGAAUCCAUAGCGGAGAGAAGCCAUACGAGUGCUCGAACUGUAAGAAGCGUUUCUCCCAUUCCGGCUCCUACAGCUCCCACAUCAGCAGCAAGAAAUGCAUCGGCCUCAUCUCCGUCAACGGCCGGCCGCGGCCUUCUCCGGCCACAGGAGGCGCCAAAACCCCUCAGUGCCCUUCCCCAUCCCUGCCCUCAUCUCCUGCCACCGCCCGUACCCAGCUCAGAGACAAACUGGACCACGCUAAGCCCCUGCAGGAGCAGCUCCCGCUCACACAGAUCAAGUCUGAGCCCAUGGACUAUGAGUACAAGCCUGUGGUUGUGGCCCCGGCUGCUGGGGGCGUGAACGGAGUUUUCCAGGGCGGAGCUGCGGCCCCCCUUCAGGGAGCAGUACAAGCUGUGGUUCUGCCUACUGUGGGCCUGGUCUCACCUAUCAGCAUCAACCUGGGUGACCUGCAGAACAUGCUGAAGGUGGCAGUGGACGGGAACGUGAUCAGGCAGGUGCUGGAGAACGCCCAGACCAAAGGCCAGCCUGCAGGAACUGGGAGAGUGGCAAUCGCCCAGGCUCCUCAGCAAGUUAUCCAAGCCAUUAGUCUUCCUAUUGUAGACCAGGAUGGAACGGCCAAAAUCAUCAUCAACUACAGCUUGGAUCCAUCGCAGGCCCAGGCAGCCCUGCAGAACUUGAAGAAAGAGCCUAUUGGUCAGAACACUGACGCCUGCAAGACAGAGAGACUGCCAGAGGACCUGACCAUCAAAAGCAAGACAAGCAAAGAGAAGCCUACUAUUACUACGGGUGAAGAGAAGCAGCUGGAGAAGUCUGUCAGUGAUGUAUCACCCAAACACUGUGGCAAGGAAGGACAGCAGAUCAACGGGAUGCAUCCGGAGGAGAAGUCUGGAGUAGAUAUUGGACUAUGUCCUGGGAAGCCUCCACUGAAGAACCUUCUGUCCCUACUCAAGGCUUACUUUGCAUUAAAUGCUGAGCCCACCAAGGAGGAACUGGCCAAAAUCUCUGAAUCAGUCAGCCUUCCUACCGAAGUGGUCAGAAAGUGGUUUGAGAAGAUGCAAUCCGGUCAGAUUUCUGUGGAAAUGUCUUCUCCAUUGUCGCAGAAUGAGCAGAAUGCUGGUGAAGAUACUGAUGAAACACCAGAAGAGCUCAUCAAGUUGACACUUGAGAAAGACAAAGAACCCCAGAAGAACCUAGAAGAGCAGGAGAUGGAACUGCAUAGCCCUGCAGAGGGCGCUACAGCUGGGAUAAAUGGGACAGAAAAUGGCCCAGCAUCCCCUUCACCACUGAACCUGUCUGCAGACGGGCCCGUCCCAGCCCGGACUGCAGAGGAGGGUGAUGGACCCCUCGAUUUGUCCCUCCCCAAAUCCGCCGCUGCACCUAAUGCGGCUACCACUCACGCUAACACUGUUUACUCGGCUCAGGACGAGCCACUGAACUUGACUUGCACAAAGAAGGAAGCGUCCGGCAUCGCAAACGCUAGCGCUGCCGGCUAUGCUAACCAAACAAGUGCCAAUCCCAUAAACAUUGUGACCACUCAGCUGCCCACACUGGUGGCCAUCACCGAUCAGGGCCACGGGCAGUGCCUACGCGCCCUCACCACCACUAAACAGACCAUCCUGAUUCCACAGCUGGCCUACACCUAUACCACUACAGCCUCCAGCCCAGCAGGGGGCGACACACAGCAGAAGACCAUACUGCGGGUCAACGGAAUCAAGGAGGAAAAGCUGGAGAACACCUCAGAACUGGCUUCAGUUUUAGAUGAGCAGACAGACUCAGACUCCGGCCCAGCGAGGAAGAAGAUGAAGAAGACUGAGAACGGCCUGUACGCCUGCGACCUGUGUGACAAGAUCUUCCAGAAGAGCAGCUCGCUGCUUCGACAUAAAUACGAACACACAGGUAAACGGCCCCACGAAUGUGGAAUCUGCAGCAAAGCUUUCAAACACAAGCACCAUCUGAUCGAGCACUUGCGUCUGCACUCAGGAGAAAAGCCAUACCAGUGCGAUAAGUGCGGCAAACGCUUCUCCCACUCAGGCUCCUACUCGCAGCACAUGAACCACCGCUACUCCUACUGCAAGAAAGAGAACCUCGGCCAGGACCUUCUGCAGAGCCCCGAGGAGGAGGAGAACCAGAGCGAGGAGCAGCCUCGACCUGAGAGCACCGCGCCCUCGCCUCCGUCACAACUGGACUCAGAUGAGCGAGGGAGCAGCGCCAGGGAGGACGAGGAGAGCGAGGAGGAGGAGGAGGAGGAGAUGGGCUCUGGCAGCAUGGUGGACGAGGACGAGAUCCAGGUGGUCCAGAUCGGAGAGGAGGGAGGAGAAGAGGAGGAUGAGGAUGAGGAGGAGGAGAGGAUGGAGGAAGAGGAGAUGACCACGACACAGAAUGGAGGAGAGGAAGAGACAGUGGUGGAAACACUAGUAGAAGAAGAAGGAGGAGGAGGAGGAGAAGAAGAAGAAGAGGAUGGAGAGAUGAUGAAGGUUGUGGUGAUGCAGGACUGCGAGGAAGAGGAAGAGGAGGAGGAGCAGGACGAACACGACCGAGAAAGAGCAAAAGCAGAGGAACAAGCAGAAAACGCAGAACCAAUGGACACGCAGGAGAACAAGGACGAGACACAGGAACAAACUGAGGCUGAUGAGGCCGGAGAGAGGAACGAAGGCGAUGAACGAGGAGGAGAAGAACUUGUGAAGGUGAACGGUGCAAAUGAAGGAAACACACCCAGUAAAAACAGAGAUGUGAAAUGAACAGAAAAAUAAAAGAACACAGCUGGGCUUUUGUUGCCCUGAUCCUUUGCUACAUCGUUUUACAGACGUUACUAAUUUGAAGGAAACAAAGACUGCAGAUGUGUCUCUUUCAGAGAGUUCAGACUGACUGUGCAGUAAUGAAGACAGAAGAAGGAGGAGGAGGAGGAAGAGGAGGAGAGAGAGGAGGAGGAGCGCUGGAGCGCUGACGCUGCAUUUUAGCCCACUACUGUGUAUAAAACCCCCUGGUGUGCCUGAUUAAGAAAAAAAAAGAAAAACAAAACAAACUAGUUGCUUUUCCACAAAACCAGUGUUUAUGAAUAUGGUUUGUAUAAAUAUAAAGUUUAACAAACGUAAAAAAAAAAAUUGACGCAUAUACGGACUGAAAGCUAGACACGUUUUAGCUAAUAAUAUUUUAUUACUAAAACACCUUGGGUCAAUUUCUUUUUAUCAGUGUUACUAAUUUUUUGUCACUCUUGUUUAAACCUUAAGAAGUUGUACAGUUGGGAGAGAUUUCUAUACGUUUUUAUUGCCAAUGAACAAAACUCAGUAUUUUAUUGCAUUUGAAGGAGAAGAAAAAAAAAAAUCCUGUGCACUACCAUACUCCCAGUUUACCGAUGGAUCACCUCUGUGGGCCUUGCGUUGUUUAAUGUCUACCUUUCAGUAUUAGCACUCUGUUAGAGCUAACCCCUAUGCCACGCUAGCCGGCGCUAGCCCCACAUUUACCUGUCUGAUUUACUUUUUUUGUGUGGUAAAGAAGUGGUCUAUGAGCCUUAAAUGUAAGAAACAAGCUAACAAAAAAAAAUACGAUUUACACGGGUUUGAUGGGAUGGCAGGAUGGUGGCAAACCAUCCGAAAUCAUCUGAAAACUAAACGUUUCUGAGAAGCAGUAUUAUUUCUGAGAAAGAGAAAAAGCAAAGUCAAAAAUGUCAAAAAUUCACUCCUCAGUCUGAGACCGCCCACUCUCCGUUAUGCAAAAGCAUGCAUGUUGAAGUGCCAUUCGACAGUGCUCUCGCCGUUCCCGGACACUUACCAGGCAGCAUGUUGACCUGUGAGCUGGCGCUGUCUUUAACGUUUUAUUAAUAAUGUGGUAGCAAACCUAACCUUAAACCUGAACCCCUGAACCUAAACCUAAACCACUAGUCCUGACCAAAGGACAAGACUGCCUCUUUUUUCUAAACUCAGUUCAUCCCACCUGUCACUGCAGUUCAGGACAAAACAAUCAAAAACGAGAACAAAAAAAAGAAAAGUUUGGUUUCUUUCGUUUCAGCCUUGAAGUGUUUGUUUGAUCUUUUUUGUUCCUCUGUUUGUUUGGUGCACUUCUUUAUCCCAUUGGCUGCACAUACACUUUUUCUUCAGGUAACAAGCAUAAGCAAAUAUGAACCCGUAAUGACCCUCACCUGACAUUUGUUUUGUUUUUUUUAUUUCUACUUUUAUAACAGUCAGUAUUAAUUUCUGUCUAUUCUGUUUGUUUGAUUGUUUGUUUGUUGGUUUGUUUAUUUGUUUUUAAGUGAACAUUGUGUAUUGUUUGUUUGCAGUCAUGGCAGUAUUAUUCUUCACCCCCUUCACCAGUAUAACUUUGUUUAGUUUUAGAGACCUUUUAUAUUUAUGUGUCUUAUUUUUGUAUUUUUCUUUAUGGUUAUUUAUUACACGACGUAGUGUACAAUAUUGUAGUUUGUAUUAAUACAAUAAUAUAUUUUAGUAUGAAGAAUAAUUUCGAAGAUAAAUGAAUGCAAAGCUGGGGAAGAACCUCUAGCAUUUCAAAGUGUUUUAAAACAGAAAGAGUAUUAUUUUCAAAUUUUCAAUUGUUUGAAAGAAUUAAAAAAGUGAAAUAAAAUGUAAAAAAAAAAGAAAGAAAGAAAGAACGAAAGACAGACCACCCAAUGAAGUAUUGGACCUUUAUCUUCUCGCGUUGCCCAUUCUCAUGUUACUGUGUCUUUCCCCACUAGACCUCGAGGCUACUGAACAUUGAUAAACUAAUUGUAUGCUAUACACGCAUGAGUCUUCGCUGUUGUACUGAAGGAUCAUCCUUAACCACGAUACUGUGCUGCCCUUUUUACGAAAAGCCAAAAUGUCGUUAACGUCAACUUUUGUUUGAUUUUGUGCCAAUGUGUUCGUUUGUCCACGUCAAGGCCACAACUUGUUUUAUAUGUCCCUGUUUUAAUCUAUGGUUCUGUAUUUUUUUUAUAGAUAGUUUUUUUUUUUGUUUUUUUUUUUUUGUUUGUUUUUUAUGACUCCCCAUCUCACAAUAAAAUACAUCAAGAAUUGAACACGA